GCCUCCCACUGAUGAUUCGAUCAACGUGCUGAGCUACUCUCCCACGCCCAGAACAAUAGAUUAUCGUUCGAUUCGUGCCACUUUCAUCCGAGACGCUCAUCACAAUGGCUGGUAUCACCAACGGCCAGGCCCAGGCCGCCACCAAUGGCCACACCACGCACAACAUUGCCCCAAAGAUCACACUAUAUACCAACCAUGGCUGUCCAUGGGCGCACCGCGCUCACAUCGCUCUUGCCGAGCUGAAUCUGCCUUUCGAGGAAGUUAUCAUAGACUUGAACACGCCGCGUCCGCAAUGGUAUCUGGACAUAAAUCCUAGAGGCUUAGUCCCGACUAUCAAGUACAGCGUUCCCGGCAUUAUGGACGAGGAAAUCAUCUAUGAAUCUGGCAUCGUUGCGCAGUUUCUUUGCGACAGCUUCCCGUCGCACUUGCUGCCGGCCAGCAAGGAGUCGCCAACGUCCGCCCUUACACGAGCACGUAUGACCUUCUUCGCCGACACGUGGUUCACCAAGACUGCUCCACUCUACAUGGCAAUCUUGCGUGCAUCCGAGCACGAAAAAGACGCUAAGGUCGACGAGUGGAUCGCUGCUUUCGAGAAGGAGAUCGAGCCACUGCUGAAGGAUGCCUCGCCCUUUUUCGGCGGCAGCAAGCAACUGACGUUCGCCGAAGUGCUUACUGCGCCGUUUGUGGUGCGGGCUCUUGACAUGUCCAAAGAUGGGGAGGUGGUCCCGCGGAGUGCGACAGAGAAACUGAGCAGGCUACCCAAUCUUAGCAAAUGGAUGAAUGCGGUGGCCUACAAUGAGAGCGUACUGAAGAUCUACGAUUCGGAGAGAGUCAUUGCGCACGCCAAGCGGAAGGCAGCGAGCAAAGUUUGAGAUCUGAUUGACGCACCAAUCUACCCGGUCAGUAUAGCAACGUACAAAGGCUUGCACAGGUGAAACUGUCACGGUGAAGAUGGCAAGCCUUGAUUC